AGCCUCAAUCCCUCUCCCCCCCUCUUCAGUCCCCCCCUCGGAAGUAGACGUCUCUGUCUAUAUUCCGUUAUUUUUGUAUCCUUUUUUUUACGGUAACCCCCUUUUCUCCCACCAAGCAGUAGCAUGGGCGCCAGGAUGGAGGACUGAAGAGCGGAGCGGCUCCCCGGUUUACCCCCUUUAUUUUCUGCGUGAGUCGAGAGGAGCGGAUGAAACCCAACUGUGGCUUUCUCCGCUUGGCAGGGGAGGUAGCUGUAUCCAGUGAGGAGGGAGGCUCAACCAGGGAAGUACAACAUGAAGUUCUCAGAACCCUGGGGAGGCCAGAGGCUGUCUUUUCUUCUGGAAAAGGCCGUCUCUAGAGAAACCAAGAUGUGGAAGGUCUACGUGCCAAAGAAGCCCUCCUCACAGGAUACAGACGUCUCCCCGGCUCAGAGAGAUGAGGCCGUGCGCUGGUUGACAGAGAUUCACAGCAAACUGCAGCUUUACCCAGAGACUCUGGUGUUAGCUGUUAGCAUCUUGGACCGCUUCCUCACUCCCAUCAAGGCUCGUCCAAAAUACCUACGCUGCAUCGCCAUCGCCUGCUUCUUCCUGGGUGCAAAAACGUGUGAGGAAGAUGAGUGUGUGCCCUCUCUGAAGGAGCUGGUCGCCUCCAGCAGUUGUGGUUGUUCUCCGUCAGAGAUUUUAAGGAUGGAGCGGAUCAUCCUGGACAAGCUGAACUGGGACCUGCACACGGCCACAGCCCUGGACUUCCUGCACAUUGUAUGUCGUCCAAAAAUUGACAAAAAAAG